AUGGCGAUCCGGCUGUCACCGCGCGUCCGACCCACCGACCGACCAGCCCGACGCGGCCGCCGGGAGGAGCUCCACCCGGCAGGACCCGCCCCCCACCCGAGCAGCGGGGCCCUCUCGCGAGGGGGACCUCUCGUUCCCACCGGCGCUGGGAAUCGCUCCCGCACCGGGACCUGGAACCCCGAGUCCGGUUGGCACGGACAGCAGGCGCGCGUGGUGACCUUGCGCUUGGUCGCUUGGUCGCUGACCCUGACAGCAACAGGUUCCAAAGUCCUGCAAAGGGCGGGACCUUCGAUCAUCCCCCAAUCGCUCUGCCCUGGCCACGCCCACUGGAGGGAGACGGGGCUCUCGGUCAUCUCCCUAUCGCUCUGCCUCCUGACCACGCCCACUCAACUAGGGGGCGGGGUUUUCGAUGAUCAUCCCCCAAUCUCUCCGCCGCUCUGCCUCCUGACCCCGCCCACUCCACCGAGGGGCGGGACCUCCGAUCGUUUCCCACCGGGGGCGGGGCUCUCGUCAUUUCCCUGCGCGGAACUGGAGGCGCCGUCCAGUGACGUCACGGGCCCCGACAGCGCGCCCGGGAGGCUGCUGCUGCCAUGCUUGCAGGUGAGCGGGUCCGGGAGCCCUCCGCCGGGAAGGCAGCGGCCGGGGCGCCCCGAUUGUGGCAUCAGCGGCGGGCGGAAGGAGGCGCGGGCGGAGGAGCCUGGCGGGCCGGCGGAGGGGCGCAGCAUGUCUUCUCCGCUCGGGGCCUGGGGCGGCGGCCGCGUCCGGCUGGGCCUGGGCCUGGUGCUGGGCGCCGCCACCGCCGCGGGCGUGGGGGUCCUGUGCGCCCUCGGCAGCCGCCGGUGGAACCGGAGUCGGAGCCGCAGCCGCAGCCGCAGCCGCAGCCGCAGCCUGCCCCUGCCCCUGCCCGACGCCCCGGACUGCGCGCGCACGGCCGAGCCUGGGCCCCAGGUGCGGCAGCUGCGGGCCGUCCCUGGGGAGGCUGGAGAUGCCGCUGUGCUCUCCAGCCUCUCGGAAGCAGGGCAGGUGCAGGUACUGGACCGCCUGGACUUCGUGCUGAGCAGUCUGGUGGCCCUGCGGCGGGAGGUGGAGGAGCUGAAGAGCAGCCUGCAGGGGCUGGCAGGGGAGAUUAUUGGGGAGGUCCGAUCCCACUUGGAAGAGAACCAGCGAGUAGGCCGGCGGAGAAGGUUCCCCUUUGCCCGUGAGAGGAGCGACUCCACUGGUUCCAGCUCCAUCUACUUCACCGCCACGUCUGGAGCUGGCUACACGGAUGUGGAGAGUGAAGGCGGCUACACCACAGCCAAUGCGGAAUCUGACUAUGAGCGGGACUCUGACCGGGAGAGUGAGAAUGGGGAGGAUGAAGUGAGCUGUGAGACUGUGAAGAUGGGGAGAAGGGAUUCGCUGGACCUGGAGGUGGCUUUGGACCCGAUACCUGGAGUUCCGGAGACUGGAGGUUCCCCUGACCUGGAGGAUGUGCUGCCCCUCCUGCAGCAGGCGGACCGGCUGCAUAGUGGCAAUGAGCAGGACAAACGAGAAGGUUUCCUGCUACUGCUCAACAAGAAGCUGGUGUAUAAAAGCCAGCAGGACUUCCUGUGGCGCAUGGCCAGGGCCUACAGUGACAUGUGUGAGCUCAGUGAGGAGGUGGAUGAGAAGAAGUCUUAUGCUCAAAAUGGCAAAGAAGCAGCAGAGGCAGCUCUGGAGAAGGGAGAUGAGAAUGCUGAAUCUCACCAGUGGUAUGCAGUGCUUUGUGGCCAGCUGGCUGAGCAUGAGGGCAUUCAGAAACGCAUCCAGAGUGGCUUCAGCUUCAAGGAGCAUGUGGACAAAACCCUUGCUCUCCAGCCAGAAAACCCCAUGGCUCACUUUCUCCUUGGCAGGUGGUGCUAUCAGGUCUCUCAUCUAAGCUGGUUAGAAAAAAAAACUGCUACAGCCUUGUUUGAAGCCCCCCUCAGUGCCACUGUAGAGGAUGCACUCCAGAGCUUCCUGAAGGCAGAAGAAUUACAGCCAGGAUUUUCCAAAGCAGGAAGAAUAUAUAUUGCCAAGUGCUAUAAAGAACUGGGGAAAAACACAGAAGCUAGAGAGUGGAUGAAGCAGGCUUUGAAGCUGCCAAGUCUCACUCACGAGGACUCAGCUUUCCAGAAGGACUUGGAAGAAAUGGAAGUAAUUUUAGGAGAAUAACUAUGUGCAGGGGAAAAUGAAGCAUUUUCCCUUUAGUUCCUGCUUAGAUAAGGAAAACGAUCAAGAAUGGUUAAGGAAGAAUCCCAACUCCUGAGUCUGACUGGAAUGAACCUUAUCAUUCCAUCAAUUUCUUGCUUAUUGUCCACAGGUUCCUUUAUUUAAAUCCUUAUCUAAUUUGAGAUUGGGAAGUAUUUGCAGUCUGUUCUCUCCCUUAAAAGAAUUUA